UCCUUGUCUAUAUAACCCUGUCCCCAUCCUCUUGCUCUCCAGUCUGCACCAUGAAGGGAUUUCACAUCGUGGUGCUGCUGUCCUCGGCCGUCCUGCUGGUCAGCGCUGCUCCGGCUCUGGAGCUGGUGACAUGCAGCGAGGACGGUGGACCUGCGGCUGCGCGGCUGGCUAUGCAUCGCAUUAACGAGAACCAUGACCACGGCUACAAGUUCAGACUCAAAACAAUCCAAAGCCAUAAAAUGGACAAGGUGGACGGAGGCUGUAACCUUGAGCUGCAGCUGAACCUUCUGGAGACAGUGUGCUACAACAUCGACCCCAAACCCUUUGAGGACUGUCUGAUCCGUGGAGAGGCUGAGCGGGCGGUGAUGGCUAACUGCACCGUACAGUUCAGCGUUAGAAAUAAUGACGCCAACCUCACCAAGUAUGAGUGUGACACGCGACAAGUAAAAACCAACCAGGACAUGGUGAUGCUUUGCCCUGACUGUCCCAUGCUGGUCCCACUGAACAACAUUGGCGGUCUCAAGUCUGUUAAAGAAGCUGUGAGCAAAUUCAACCAGAACACCACCAACCAGCACUACUACAUCCUGAAGGAAGUGGGACGGAUCAGAGUUGGGCACGUGCUCGGUUCAGGAAUGUACUACUACACUGAAUUUGCCCUGGUGGAGACUCACUGUCCAAUGGGAAGCAGAAUCAAUCCUGAGGCAUGCCAACCCCUCUGCCCUGACAGAGCUCAUCACGCUUUCUGCCAAUCAUCUUACUCCAAUGCAACUGGAGUCAAGUCAGUUGCGUGUGAAUUCUAUCCCCCAUCGAACACGACUGCCCUAGGUCCUGGUGAGAAAGAGCCCUUAUGCAGGUAUCAUGGGGGCGGCCAUCCUCCCGGUGUAGGCGGUGCAACACCUCCCCUUGGAUGCCUAUGGCCUCCCCAUGGUGGCUAUGGCCAUCCCCCCCAUGUUGGACAUGGCCCCCCUCCCCCUGGUGGCGACGGCCAUCCUCCCCGUGUAGGCGGUGGCCAUGGUGGCCAUCAUCAUGGCGGUGAUGGCAAAGAUGACAAGGAAAAGCAGCAUCAUGGGCCCCCAUUCGGUUCCAAACAACACUUCCAUCACUUCCAUCGUUGCCGUGGAUCAGACCCAGCUCUCCACCCCAUUUGCCCCUGGCCUCGUUCUGGUCACCGCCACGGUCACGGCCCCAGCCACAGACAUGAUGACUGAGAUACACCACACAACAAUGCUUAGGCAACCAUAACUGUUUGCCAGUCAACCAGAAAAAUUCUGUAACAGUCUCUAAAGUAUAAAAAAUGAGAAAUAUAACCUAUUAUAACCUA